AUGUCUGACAUUCCAAAGGGAACCUUGAGAUUGGGCUCGACCGCGCCAGACUUUACUGCCGAAACUUCCAACGGCCCAAUUUCUUUCCACGAGUACAUUGGUGACUCUUGGGCCAUUUUGUUCUCGCACCCAGACGACUUUACUCCUGUUUGCACCACCGAGUUGGGUGCUUUUGCUAAGUUGCAACCUGAGUUUGAGAAGAGAAACACCAAGCUCAUUGGAUUGUCGGCCAAUGGUACUGAGUCUCACAAGGCCUGGAUCAAGGACAUUGAUGAAAUUACCGGUUCCAAGUUGACAUUCCCAAUUGUGGCUGAUGCCCAGAGAAAAGUUGCUCACUUGUACGACAUGAUCGACUACCAAGAUGCUACUAAUGUUGAUGACAAGGGUGUCCAAUUCACCAUCAGAUCAGUCUUCAUCAUUGACCCAAAGAAGAAGAUCAGAUUGAUCUUGGCUUAUCCUGCUUCUACUGGUAGAAACACGGCUGAGGUCUUGAGAGUUUUGGACUCGUUGCAAACUGGUGACAAGCACAGAGUGACUACCCCUAUCAACUGGGUUCCAGGUGACGACGUCAUUGUUCACCCUAGCGUGACUAACGAGGAGGCCAAGACUUUGUUCCCUAAGUUCAGAAUCAUUAAGCCAUACUUGCGUUUGACACCAUUGGACACUAAAGAAUAA